AUGCUCCACAAUGACCUGCACCGAGAUUUCAAGCGGCGUCAAGUGUCUAUGUUCUCCCUCGCGUGUGCCAUUGGGACCGGCCUCAUCAUCGGCUCUGGGACGGCGCUGGCCCGGGGUGGGCCUGGAAGUUUGCUGAUAUCUUACAUCUUGAUCGGAAUCACGGUCUUCUUCGUCAUGACCGCUUUGGGUGAGAUGGCCACAUUCCUGCCCAUGAUGAAAGGCUUUGCCACAGGCUGGAACUACUUCCUCAAAUACGUUAUCAACAUCCCUAUCAAUCUGACCGCCGCCGGGCUCAUCAUCAGCUUCUGGAGACCAGACUUGAAUGUGUCAAUCUGGAUCACAGUUUUUGGAAUUGUGAUUGUCACGAUCAAUGUCCUCCGCGUGCGGGUCUUGGGCGAAGUCGAGUUCUGGCUCAGUCUCAUCAAGGUCAUCACUUUGGUCCUCCUCAUUCUCACCUGCUUCAUCAUCUCCAUGGGAGGCAAUCCUCAGCAUGACCACAUCGGUUUCCGCUACUGGAAAUCUCCCGGUGCCUUUGCGCCGUAUCUCUUGAAGGGCAACAAAGGCUAUUUCCUAGGCUGGUGGGCGGCCAUGUGUCAGACUUGCUUUUCCUACACCGGAACCGAAGUCGUAGGAAUGACUUUCGGAGAGGUGCCGAAUCCCAGGGAAAAAUUUCCACACGCCGUGAGGCAGACGCUUCUGAGAAUCGUCAUCUUUUACAUCGUGGGCGUGUUUGUAUUGACAUUGGCGAUCCCUUACAACAGCGAGAGACUAGUAGGAGCCACCAAGUCGUCUACAAGUGCAGCUGCAUCGCCUUUCGUGGUGGCCAUCGCUUCGGCGGGUAUCGAUGUCUUUCCCGACAUCAUCAAUGCAGCGCUUAUGGCUUUCGUGCUGAGUGCUGCCAUGACCGGUGAGGUUUUGCGGACUGUUGUCGAGGUGCCAUUAAUGCUAACCCUAAACCCCCAAGAUAUCUACGUUGCCUCGAGAUGCGUCUACGGCCUGGCGAAAGAUGGCCAAGCUCCUCGGAUUCUUGCCCGGGUUUUGAAUAACGGCAAUCCGAUCAUGGCCGUCGUCUUGAGCUCGCUGUUCGUGGCACUCGGCUAUCUCAAUGCCACCAAGUCGGCCGCCACCGUCUUUCAAUAUUUCGUGAGCUUGGUCACGGUCUUUGCGGUCUUGAACUGGAUCGCCAUUCUCAUCUCCUUUUUGUCUUUUCGACGAGCGCUCAAGGCCCAGGGCAUUCAGCUCCAGGAGUUGCCGUAUGUAGGCUUUCUACAGCCCUUUGGUUCUUAUUUUGCGCUGUUCGUCUCUUUUACAGUUUUAUUGUUCAAUGGAUACGAUGCCUUCAUACCGCACUUCAAGGCAAGCACUUUUGUACUCAAAUAUCUAGGCAUCGUCAUAUUCUGCGGUAACGUGCUUGGGUGGAAAUUUUUCAAACGCACAAAGCGCAUUCGGGCCACGUCCGCUGAUCUUGUCACGGGAAGGCAGGACACGGGCAUGUCUGAGGAGGAAGAAACCGACGACGUUUCUCGGUCUGGGGGAGUGGCGGCAGCGGGUCGGAGAUGGAUACUGCAUCUCACUGCGAAAUAG